AUGGUGGUGUUUCUGAGGGAUCCCUGGAUAGAAAAGAGCAUUAAUGAGCAGCUUCACGGAUGGAUGGGGCCUAUGUCAGUGAGGCAACGGAUGUCAUUUAAUGCUCAGAUGAUCGAUGUGUAUGGGAAGCGAAGCGACGGAUCGAUUAACGUGUGUAUUUCUGAUGCAAGGCGUUUUAUUGCAGCAGUGCUGAGCUGCGAGGCAGUUGCUGAGUUUGGCAAGGAUGUGGCCUGUAGCAUUGAGGAUGUGAGAGGAUGCUAUAUGACGGUGGAUGUGUUCUGGUAUGAGUACUGCAGCAAGAGGAAGAUGUUUGUUGCAUUUGUUCAAGAGUUUACAUACUGUGGAGGAGAAUGUGAUGUAUGGGGCGAGCCCACGGACAUGAAUGGCUCGGAGCAGCUGCGAAGCAUAGGGAUGUCAUGGAUGUAUGCGACGUUUAGAGCUGAUGAGUUGUAUAUCCACAGAGCAGCAGUGCAUGGAUGUGAUGAGAUAGCAAAGAUGCUUGAUUCAGGCGAUGAUUAUUGUGGAGAGCAAUGCGAAAGAUGCUGGCGAUUUGCCGAAGGCAAGCGUCCUGGAAUGGAAGGCAAUACUGGAUGUGCAUUGGGCAACUCCAAAGCAUAUGCAGGCACAGAGCAAGCAGAUAAAAUGCACGUGGAUGUAGAAUAUGCAGACAUACAUGUAAAAAGUAGAAACGACAUUGCGUUGGAAAAGUGCUUUAUUGACAUAUGUUCAGAUAGUGAUGAUGCACUGGAUGCGGCGUGCAUUAUACAGAGCCAGCAAAGCAGGUCAUGUCCAUAA